UCGGGCGGGACAAACCGCUGGGCACGGCAUUCGACAGGUGCGAAGAGCACACGCACGCGGCAAGGCACAAAACCUUCCACUUCUCUCUGUUCCCUGUAGGAGUAUGACCCUUUCGUGCAUCUCGACUGCCCACUUCUCCAAGAUCGUCGACUUCGUCGACUUCGCCCGAAGACAGCGCAUCGCUCCCCGAGGGUCCCGCGUGCGAGCGCCCACCGCCCCGCCCAGCAAUCAGCACCAACUGCGACUCGACCUGCAGAUGUACGGCCUGCAGACGGCGGACAUCUACACGCCCCUCAUGCUGCCCCACGAGAUGGAGGCCGUCAUCGAGAUGACCGGCAAACAGAACCCCAAGACCGAGCUGCUCUUCAAGUGAGGCGAUGGCCACACAAGGCAGACAGAAGGAGAGGAAACUGUGCACCUAUGUGCUGUGGUGGUCGUCAGGUCGAGCCGUGACGGCAAGACGUAUCCAACGAUGCUCAGCAGCGUCAAGGGCAAGAGCGGUCUGCUGGUAGCGAUGCAAGACGGCCACACGCACCGCUUCGGCGCCUUCAUCGACGGGGAGCUGACACCGCCAGACGACCCCACACAAAGCACCGGCCCCUGUGACGUGUCGGUCUUCUUCUAUGCACUCAGUGGGCCGUACAAUGCGCCUACCAAGAUCGACCUGCCGAAGGAGUACCAGCUGGUGGACGUGGCCGGCACACAGGGGGCGUUGAAGGACGACAACCAUGUGCCGCGUGCGAAUGUCUGGAUCGCUGGCGGCUGUCUGUGGCUGGGAAUCGCCCGGCCUGGUCCGGCGGCCGACCUCAGCAGCUGCUGCCAGUGGAUCGACAAAGAGCAUUUGCCGGCGGGAUAUCGAGGCAGGAUCAACUGGCAGGGCAGCGGCACAUUGGCGCAGUCCUGGGACUUCGAGUGCACUGAGAUGGAGGUGUGGCAGCUGGGCCAGGAUCGGUGA